CAUUUGUUCAGUUAUUUUGCAUAUGUGCAUGUGUUCCUAUCUGUCCUCGGCCCACAGCAUUCAAAGUCCGAAUGCUGCAACUGUUUUUCCUAUGAAUGUGAUACUCUUUUCAGAUGCCCCGCUUGUCUGUAUUGUCGGGUCUCAGGGGGGCUCAUCUGGUGUUUUUGUUUCCCAGGGAGUCGCUAGAGAGAACGCGCCUCAAGUUCUCCCUCCAGGGGGGAAAGGUCACAGCCCUCUGUCUCCAGGAGGGGGAGCAGGUGUGGGCCCUCAACAUUAAAAGGGCUCUUCUGAGCAUGCUCCAGACAUCCCACAUGGUCUCCAAACAGGAAUUAGAAAAGGAGACUGAUGUGUAUGGGACAUGCACCAGCAGGUAUGAGAAGCGAGGACCUGUACUGCUGAAGAGCAGGGACAUAAACCAGUGCCAACAGUCCAGACUGGCAAACUUCUGGCCCCAUUCGGUAUCUUUAACUGAAGACACAUCAGUGCAGUCAGAGCUGCACUGUGUGCAGAGGCAUGGAUCUACAGUGAUGCAAGAGGUCAACUGUACAGAAGCCGUUUCCAUGGCAUGGUCCAGGACUGCAGGGCUGGUGAAGACCCAAACAGUGUCUACCCUGGUCCUGCUCAGAGCCCAGCCAGGGACUCCUUUCGGCAUGGAUUCUUUAGGUGAUGGUGUGCUAACUGACCUGCAGUUUGAAGAUGAGGGAACUGCAAGGCCAGGAAGAGCCAGAGCGUCAUCACCUCAACAAGCCAGUCAAACUGUCAGGAGGUUAUGUAGCCUCAACUCAGACCCACAACUGGUUUCACAGGAAUUCCUUCAACUGGCUUUCCAGCUGAGAGAUCUGACUCUCUCUCAACUUGAGACACUUUGGCAAGAAGCAUCUUUCAAGUGCCGCAAUGACUGGCAGCCUUUGUUGGAUGCAUUGCCAGCCUGUGGAUCUGAAAACUGUACUGUAUUACUGACUAACCUAAUGAAGAGCAAAGAGCUGGACGAGGAGCAGGCUCAUGCUUUUCUCACCACCAUAGCCCUCAUCCCUCAUCCAUCGCCACAAAUCAUCGACUCCAUCAAUGUUCUAGUGGAGGUCCCAGAGGUGCAGUCCAAGGCACUGUUAGCUGGAUCAUCUUUGGUCUAUCAGUUGUGCCAAAGGUCACAAGCCUCUUGCAGCGAACUUCCUCAGGUACAGACCUUCAUACAAAAACUUGAGGAAACCCUGAAGGAGGGCUUUGAAAGAGAACAACCCACUCACAAGCGUACACUUUUUCAUGCACUGAAAUCAGUUGGAAACACUGGUCUCUCUGCCCCAGUCUUUAUUCCUCUGCUAAACCGCUUCAUGCUUACCCACUCAACUGCGCUGGAGCUGAGACUUGCAGCCAUCCAUGCCUUCAGACGCUUUCCUUGCUCAGCAGAUAGGUCUGUGCUGUUGCAGCUGUACCGCUCCUCCCAGGAGGAUCCUGAGGUCAGAAUCACUGCAUACCAGCAGCUCAUGCGUUGCCCUGAUCAGGACGUGUUUGAAGUGGUGAAGACGACGCUAAGGAACGAGACCUCCAGCCAAGUGGGCUCAUAUGUGUGGAGUCACCUGACUAAUGUCCUGCGGAGCGAGGACCCCAUGAAACAGGCCCUAAUCGAGUCACUGCCUGAUGAUAUAAUUAGCCGAGACUUUGAGGCAGAGUUUUUGAAAUACUCCUCCUUUUCAGACUACACUGUUUCUUCAGCAAUGGGACUUACAAAUGUGGAAACAUCUUUGAUUUUUUCUCCCAAAUCGUUUCUACCAAGAUCUGCUACUGCCAACCUGACAAUGUAUUUUCAUGGUAGAGCCCACAACCUUCUGGAAGUGGACCUUCACGUUGAAAAUGCUGAACCACUUUUGAAGAACCUUUUUGGUCACCAGACCCACAACUCUGAUGGAGAGUCUGUAGCUCAAAGUCAAAAACAUGUGCAGGCCAAAGAGGUCAGGAGGACAAGAAGAAAAACAGAUGAAGGCCACAGAGGAGAAAAAGAAAUGUGUUUAUCGAGUACCAACAGCUAUCUGGACCAGGCCAGGGCCAUGUUAUUUGGGAGCAGGAGUACACAGGUGAACAGGCCCAAGUGUUGGGUUGGCGUCAAAGUGUUUGGCAAUGAGCUCAACGUGUUCACAUGUGAAGACCUCUACAGUCAAAUCAACCAGCUGUCGCUGAGCGUGGCAGGACUCGCCGUCAAACUGCUCAAGGGUCAUGAGGUUCAGCUGAACCACAGGGCCGUGCUGAUGACAGAGGAGCUGGUUUUGCCCUCUCUGUCUGGUUUGCCCGUUAAACUGGGUAUCAACAUGACUGCCUUUUUUUCACUGCGUCUGAAAGGCAACAUAAACUACAGGGAUACUUCUCACUUCUCCCUGACUGGAUACAUCAAACCCAAUGCACAUGUGGGCCUGUCUGCAAGGAUGGGGGUUGACGGUGCCUUGGGUCAGGCUGCAGUAAACUGGGUCUCUGAGCUGAGGAGCUCCACCAGUCUGGACGGUAGUGUUCAGCUGCAGGAGGGGCAGGAUCUCAGGGUCACACUUAACACACCAGAAGAUGUCAUGGACAUCAUCUCUGUCAACUCCAGAGUGUUUCAGCUCAGUGGAGACCAUACAGAAGAGUUAAAGGGCCCGAAGAGUCGAGUCCAGAAGACCACCUGCACACCAAAGACAUGGUCCAAGAUGGUUGGGUGGCAGCUGUGCUCCAACGCCUCUUACCCAUUUGCUGGCACAGGUGUUUCUCUUCCCCCUGUGGGACCAGCUCACCUCUCCCUGAGGCUGCUGAAACUGGACAGAGGCCUUCAUUACUACCUGCUGGAGGCUGCCUACUCACUGCACGCUCAGAGAGGCACUUGGAUCCCCAGAGAGGCCUCCAUCCAUCUCCUGCUAGCCACACCUCAGUCCUCCAUCCCAAGGGACAUGUCUGUGGACCUGGCCUUUAACCGUCACAGGCUGCUGCUAAAGAUCACCCACCCUCUGAAAACCAUCCAGAUACAAGGGCAACUUGAAGAAGGGAGGAAUGUAAAGUCAGGGAAGCUGGAGCUUUUGAUUGAUGGUGUUCAUUAUUAUAUCCUGGGUUUGGUUGACACUCAGACCCUCCUUUCUGAGCAGAGAACACGCUAUCACCUUGAGGCCAAAAUGGCCCCUGAAGGACAUCCCAUGAUCCUCUCUGCUAAUGUUACUCGUGAACUGGGCAGGAAGACAAGCCUCUCUGCCACUGUGAAGAAUGUGUUCAGAGAAACUGCAGCACUGUCAGUGGGGCUGGAGCGCAGACGGGAAGGCAGUAAUAGGCAGUACUCUGUGGAGGCCGAGCUCUUGUUACCUGGUGUUGUUGGUACCAGGAUGCUGGGACUGAUGGAGCAGAAGGGCUCACUGUGGAGCUCCGCGCUCAGGCUCAAAUAUGGUCUGGGAAGUGAUGCCCGGCACCUUCAUCAGGAGUGCUACACGUCUCAGAGGCUACGAAGUGAGAGGGACUCAAAUCUCACAUAUAUUAUGAGAGCAGAUCACGAAUUCUACUGCUCCAACACUGCUCCUAUCAAUCACAAGAUCCACCUGAGGCAUGAGGAAAGCCCCAGCCACAUUAAAUCGACCUUGGACAUGAGCUACGGCAAACACUGGGAUGAGAUCAAUAACAAACGCACACUUCUUCUGAGCCAGUCCUUUAGAAACCAGUCCUCACAAAAUCACACCAGCUACACACUGGAGUUCAACCUGCAAGUGCCAGAGAAGAAUUUAAACUACAGGACUCAGCUCCUGCACUCUCAUGUGAGACAGCUCGGGUCUGAGAGCAGCACACACCUCAAAGUCAACUACAACAACCUGAUGCCGCUGGUGGCUGGAUUACACUGGAAAAGCCCCCCCGAAGACACCCUGCAGAAAAAAUGGGAAGGCACAUUUAACAUGGACACACCGUGGCAGUACAUCUACACUACACAUGAACUGAGCCAGCACCAGCGCCAAACAUUUCAGCUCACCUCAGAGCUGACGGCCAGCAAGUGGCUGACCAUUCGCAACCUUCUCUUGGAGGGUUUCUAUAGGGACAGGGGCAGGGAGAAGGAGGCCCGUCUGAAGCUCUACACACCAGCUGUCACCUACAUCCAAACAGGAGGGUGGGGCAUUGUGGGGAAGAGGAGUGUGAAGGGUUCCGCCUCAGUAGUCUCUUUAUGGACCCCACCUUUAAGAGGAGACAUCUCUCUGGAAGCCUCCAAAUUCAGUCACAUGCUGCAGAUGGCUUCCACCUACGGCAAGCACAACGUGAGCCUCGUUGCUGCCCUGAACGCUGCGGAUAAGAAUCUGAAAAAGAAGCAAGCGAUGCUGAAGAUGACGCUCUCGAAGCCGAAGAGCCCAUCCACAGAGCUGGAGUUCCAGGGAGUCGUAGAGGAGCUCAGGAAGGACAAAAAGAUAUACCAGAAAACAGCAGUGCUGCAGUUCAGACAGCCGUUCCAGACCUUUCCUAAGACCCUCCUCCUGCAGGAGACUUUCACUGUCGACACCCUAAAAGGCCUCUACAUCCUGGAGUCGAAAGCUGAUUUCCAUGGCAACAGAGAGGUCAUCCACACCCUCACCCUUGGCUACCGACCACCGAACCCUUUUGUUUGUUCUGCACUGAUCCAUCCUUUCAGCUCUGACAUCAUUCCGUCCGACUCAGAAAUCUGUGUGGCCAUAACCAACAACCAGACCCAGAAAGACAUACAAGGGAGGUUACGUAUCGGUAGCAAGGAGAGACUGGCUUUCUUUGGACAAGUUCAGUUGAACCCUUUGCACUCAAGUAACCAAGCGAUAAAAGUUAAAGCCAACUUCACCCAUCAGCUCGAGCUGCAGCUCCCCUCCUCUGCCGUGGUGGAGGGAAAUGUAUGUUGGAACCCCAAAAACAACACUGACUUUGAUUAUCAGGCCAGAGGGAAACUGAGAGUAGAGCGACAGGAGUGCCGACUCUCUGUACAGCUCAAUGGAACAUCAGGCAAAGUUGAUCUUUAUUCCUCUCUAAGUCAUCCCUUCAAAUCAAAGAUUCCCAAAACAUUAGAGGUAAAGGCCACUGCAGACAUUUGUUCAGUGGCUGGUAAGGGAAGUAGCUCAGUACAUGUGAGGGCUGAUGGGAAGGACAGGGUGAAGCUGGACGCCCUGAUGUCCCACUACUUCCAGAGGGGAGACAGAGCUGUGGGACUGAAGGUGAACAUGUCCCAGAGCCUGCUGCCUGCUGCUACUGACUUACAUGUAGACGUGGCUGCCAACAUGUCCUCAGACAGUGUGUCUCUACAUGGAUCCUAUAAACAGGGGCAUGAGGCUGUGCUUGCCCAAGUCAAAGGGUCCCUAAAAAGGACCCAAGGUCUGCAGCUGGUUGUGUCUGGGGACCUGAGACACUCCAUGGCCAACCUUGCUAUUUUACCUCCUGUUCUGGGGUUGGAUGGUGCACUAGGACAGUCUGACACGCUCAUUGAAGGACAGAUGAGAGUUAGAGCGAUGGACACCUUGUACAGUGUGGAGCUGAGACAUCACAAGGAUCCUGGAGAUUCUUCAGAUGGAGAAGAUGAUGAGCACAGUAUGGAAAAGAAAUUCCAUGUGGCCAGUGAUUGGCUGUGUGUUUGGGUGGGGGUGCAGCAUUUCUGUGUGAAUGUGAGCCACCAACUGGGGGACUGGGGGACAGGUGAGGUCCACAUGAGACUAUCUCACUCCUUCCGCCAGCUCAAUGCUACAGGUGUACCUGCCAGCAGUAGUGCCCAGAUGAGGUGGGCCCAAGAUUCCAGUCAGUUGUCAGUCCUGGCAGAGCUGCAGGCUGGACCUGAACAUCUAAAAGCUGAGUUUAAUGGAAGCAAGACAGGACAGGCUAUCUCUCGGUGGGAGUACUCAGCCAGGCUCCAGCAAAAAGUCAAAGCCCUGCUCAAAAGAGGCAUAUCGAGCUCCAUACAAGCCAAAGCACAUUAUCAUUUAGAAACAGAAGGACUGCACACAGGCUUGGUCUUUCACAUGGAAGAUGAGAGGAUGGUUGAUGCCCUUUUUAAUGUUGGAUCAAAAAACAGCACAGCUAUAUUGGUAAUGUCUCUGUGGCAACAGAUGAAGUCCCUCCAUGGACUCAUACCCACCUAUUUGCAGAUGAACUGCACAGGGGACACCACCGCAGACCGAAUCUCAGCCCAGUGCAAUGGAAAUGUGGCAGGUCGCCCUGUGGAGUCUCUCCUGCCGUCACAGACUUCAGCCAACAUCUCCAUCACCCGUUCUGGCUGCUCCACAUAUCUCAGCACCAUUCUGCAGGCUGAGGGGCAACAAAAGGCCAACUUCAGUCUGCAUUUAAAUUGUCAUCCCCUCCUUAAUCUGAAAGUAUCUGUACAGCAUUCUAUAAACGCAGUACAGAUGCUGGGAUUUCCUAACCGUGGAGCAAUAAUCUUGAAUGUUUCAACUGAACAUCUGCCUGGUGUGGACAUUGGCUUGGAGUUGGGAUGUUGUUAUUUCAGGGGUAACUGGGGUAAAACCAAGGGUUCACAGAGAGAGGAGGAACAGUCUUCCUACAUUGUGAAUGUGACUAACUACUGUCCUGCUCUACAAGGAACCGUCUUCCCAGUGUCCCUCGUACUUCAGGGCCUCCUGUCUGUUGUCCCCUGCCAGCUGGCCAUGACCUCCUCUCUCAGUGCACACAACCAGCACCUCUCUUUGGAGCUGGGUCAGUCAUGCAAGCCUCUGCAUCUUUCUGGGACCCUCACACACUCCUUCCACGGGCUGAGGAGCCAUGGUGUACCUGAGAUGAUCACCUUAGAAGCCACUGCUCCUGGAGGCCCCGAGCAGGCUGGGGCCCUUUUCAUUAAAGCUGGGACAUGUUCCAUUAGAGCCAAUAGGUUCAUAGAGACCAAAGGAGGGACACAGUGGCUCUGGGCUCUGGAGUCAAAAUGCCCAAUAUUACAGGCUCAUCUCAAUGGCUCUCUGUGGAAAGAACCUCAUGGUAACUGGACAGCCACGGUGGAAACUGAACUAGAGGGUAAAAGGGGCUUCCUCAGACUGAAUGCAAAGGCCUGGCCAGAGCUGGGUGUGGAGGGCGAGCUCAGUCACAACCUUCCUGCUCUCAAAAAUGUACCGCAGCACAGCAGGCUGAGAGUAACCAGUAAGGCUGGAAAACAACGUUAUGACACAGAAGCCCUCGUGGAGACAGAGGAGUGUACAGUCAGAGCCAGUGGAGUUGUGAUAUCACAAAGAGGCCUGCAGGGGUCACUGGUGUAUCACAACAACUGUACAAUUAUUCAGGUCACCAUGACGAUAGAUGAUACAGAGUUACAGGCAUCAGUGGCUCUUAAGAAAACGAAGGAUAAAAAUGAGGGGUCAUUUAAUCUGAAGCACUCUGUUCCCCUGCUGAAGAAGCUGGGUCUCCCUGCUGAUGCUACAGUAAUAAUAAAUUCUGAGAGUCAUGACAAUGGCUCGUACUGUUACCUGUUGAACAGCAGUGCCGGAAGUCAAAAGCUGCAGUAA